UUGCUCCUCAGUCAGGUCGAUUUUUGGACCUGCCUUCUUCCUUUGGCUAGCCGAAGAAGCUGGUUUGCGGUAAUUAGAAGCCUGAAAAACGCAUUAAGAUUUGGUUGGCACUUCAUACAAGAUACUCAGUCAGCAGGCGCCUCAAGAAAUGCCAGGAAGUACAAUUAUAAACCAUCGACAACAUGUUGGACUGCAGAAACUCUCAGCGCUGGCAGGAAUCACACAUUCCUCUUUGGGCCCCAAUAAAAAGUACAAGUUUAUUCAAGACGACACGAGUGGGGAUUCAACUCUCGUGGGGUCCUGUUUUCGCAUCUUUGAGAGCCUGGAGCUGACCUGCGCGGUAGGUCAGCUGGUUCACGAGACUAUUCAAUCCCACCAGAAGGUCUAUCAUACAGGGUCGGGAUGCAUGCUGUUUCUUGCUGGAGCUUGGAGCCACGCUGCUCUGGAGUGCCUUCAGAGAGGAAUUUCAGUAGCACAGAUCAUCCUGGCUAUGUCUAAGGGGAUGGAUAUAUGCUUGGAUGUUUGCAAGAAAAGCAGCGUCUCAACAAUGGGUCUUGGUGUGGAGCAAUCUGAGAGAUGCACUGCAACAUCUCCUCGUUUAGGACUUCAAAUGUCUAAGAAACCCAUUGGGGAGGCUUCCCAGACAUCGUGCCACCUGCAAGCGACAAAAACAAAUGGUCACAAGACUCUAAACGGCAGUGUACAAAGGAAAAUAAAGCUCAGCAGACAUUCUUAUGAGGCAAAGUCUGAAAAUGUCUCCACAAUACGGCAUUCUCAUCAGCCUAAGCAUCCUGACAUUGCACACAUUGCUGAGGGAUUGAGUCAUGGUUGUGUCGAUACAAUGAAUUUAGUAGUUGAAGCCAGCCGAAUACAGACAAAGAAUAAACAGCAUGAUGUUAGCUGUUCCACAUUCGAUGUCAAUAAAGUGACAUCUUGUGUGCUACCUGGUUUGUCAGAGGAGCAUUCCUGUGUUAUACCAGGCUGCAUUGUUCCUUUAUCUGCUGAACAGGCUUCAGUUGCACAUCACUUAAAAGAACAGCGCUUGAAGGUUGCUUUAAUUAAUGGAGAUUUAUCAGAUAGCUAUCGCCAUCUUGGCUUUAAACGGCCAACAGGGGUACAGCGUGUGAACUCCCUGUCAGAUUUGUCAAGUUCAAGCAAAGAAGACGAGUGGAUGGAAAAGGUUGUGACACUUCUGUUGAAGCUGGAAGUGAAUCUGAUACUAAUCAAUGGGCUUGCUAGUGAGAAACUGAUCCUGCGCUGUUGUAGAUAUCGCAUACUUGUGGUGGAAAAAGUGAUGGCUUCAGUCCUGAAGGCAUUCGCUACUGGAACAGGAGCUGUUCCAGUGACAUAUGUCACACAGUUGAGUAAGCACUGUGUUGGAACUGAGGCGACGGUUGCGAUGUGGGGGAACCUCAGCAGCCAUGAGAGGAGGCCCUCAACAACUGUGAAUAUUUCCACUGGUGGGAACAGCGACCUGGUCACUGUGAUCCUCACAAGUUGUGUACAUGGCAAAUUGCAGGCACUGGAGGACCAGUUCUGGGCAUGUGCUUAUCGUUUACACCACGCGCUGAGAGAUAAAGCCAUCCUGCCUGGUGCUGGACUAACAGAAAUGCUUUGUAUUCAUCACCUUCAAGAGCAAGCAGAGCGCGAUCUCAGGCAUUACAGAGAAAGGAAUGGGGACUCUGCCCAGCAAACCAAAGCAGGAACCACAGCUAAUCCUUGUAGCAGUGUAGUGUUGCACCUCAUGGCAGAUGGUUUAAUAGAUUACAUAUCCACUGUACUGCUUAACACAGGAAGAAUUUCAAAAGUUGGAGCCAGGACUGCUGUGAGCCAACAACUGCGGGACUAUAAGGAAGGUGUAGGCUUUGCUGCAAAAUUCUCACAGCUUUUCUUGGAAGGUGAACAAGAUGGAAGUGCCAUUUCUAUCAGCAUGGAGUCCAGUGAAGCACCAGCAGUAAAGAUCUAUGACAAUCUGAGUGUAAAGCAAGAAGCAUGGAGAAAAGCAUUAGAUCUGGUUUUUCUGGUGCUACAGACUGACGCUGAGAUCAUCACAGGCAUUGACCAAAAAACUGAUGGCGCACAGGGAAAUCUGAUGCUGUUAUGACUCAUGCAGCAUCUUUGGGAACUUUCUGAAUAUACAGAGGGCAACAACUUAUUUAAAAUAUAAAGCUACAUUUUCUUUUACUGGUAUAAAGUGUAUGUAUAUUCUUUUUCUUGUCAUUAAUAAAUAGUCGAAGGACAGUAUUAAUAAAAUUAAUGUCAGUGAAGCAAUGCUAUAUUCUACCACCUGGGGGAGACAAAUAAUUAUAUGACAUUGUUGUCCAACUCUUUCAGUCAAGCUGAUGCACCAAAUAUGGCCCAAAUUCUGACGUUGCCAGUACAUCUGGGGCAAAGGCAAGACUCACAAAUGUUCCUGUUUUGAACAUGAUAAAUGAGAUAAAGAACUAGGAAAGGAAAAAAAAAAACCAUUAAUCUGUGCAACGCCAACCCCCAAGUGGAAAAGGCUUGACAAAUGUGCACAGUCUCUCAACGAACAUAAAAAACGUGAAAAUGGUCAGUAGAAAAUGAUUAUUAUAUAAUUACUUGUCGUCUUAGUUAUACUGUUAUAGGAAAUAGCCUAAAAUUCUGUUUAUUUUAAUUAUUAACCAAGCCUGACGCAGCGGACACUACUGGUACCUUGUAUACAGCUUGUCUUGGUGCUCAGUUAAGCCAGAGAAAACAAACAGUACAUGUCCAAAACCACAAUUGAAUUUUUCCCUCUCCUGGAGCAUGGGAGAAAUUGUGUCGUACCAGUACAGUAUGUUUUUAGCCUUGGUACACUUCCGUUACAAUAUUUGCCUACGCUUCAUUACGUGUCUACAGCCUGGCCAGCGGUGUUCACAGACACUGCUUCCCUGCCAACUGUUGUGGUUUUAUGACCUGCUCUGUCAUAAUGGGAAUAGUUGACAGAGAAGGAAUGGAUCCAGACAGAGUAAAUGUUUUUGAUUAAGUCUUAUUAGGCUCUGUCCUUUUAAAAAAAUGACCCAACGGUAAUGAGUUCUUGAGGAUUGUUUAGUUUGGUUUGUAGAAACCUUUUGUUAGCUGCCUACAUGGUCACUGGAAGGUCACAGGAAUAUAACCAGGCCACCGCACACUAAAUUUAUAACCCUCAUUCCUGUCUGAACAACUGAAAUGACUACUACAUGGAAAAAUUAAAAACAACCCCGAAAACAAUUAUGGUUCACCUGAAAGUAAAGCACACUCACGGUUAUCUGUAGACAUUUUCCUAUUGUGUGCAUUGUAUUUCAGAGGUGACAUGCAGCGACAGUUGCGACCUUCCAUUUCCUCUGAGAUCAGAGAGAGCUCUUCUUGUCGCAUUCUAAAAAUAAAAACGUUGCCAAGGCCUUCACUGUGGAGCCAGAACAACCUUGACUCAGGCAUCACUCAGUGCUGGUGUGGCCAAGAGAGGGUGGGGUAUGACAUAACAUAACAAACACAGUAUUCAGUAGGAAAUUGGAAUGGCAAAAUUGGUGAAACAUGAGAGUCAACACUACUGUCUGCCCCAUUCUUCAUCAGCACGGAGAAAACUGAGACUGAUGCAUGCACAUAUUUAUAAAUCACCUUAGAAAAUGUGAAAUCUAAAGAUCUGGGUAAAAUGAUCAACAUCUCCUUUAUUUAAACAGGUAAGGUCAUUGCCAGAAAACGCAGAUUCGCAAUAACUCUGAUAAACACAUACGAAAACAACAACUUUAAGGUUACAACACUUUUAAGGCAAUACAGAUGAGAUCAGUUCAAGUAAAACUCUAGUAAAGUAUUUUCAUCACUCUAUCUGUUAAAAACUGCUAUCUCAUAAUCUAUGGGCACCGUCACUAUUUUGGCAGGAAGAGCUCAAUAACCAGCUGAUCAACAUUUUGUAUAGAGGUUUUAGAAUUUUUUUAGAAAGUCUAAACUGCAAUUGUUAGAGCAUUUAAAAUGGAGCCAUCAAUAUGGAGACAUACAUACAUACAUAUAUUGAUACCAGAACGUGUCACAGGAAUUUAUAUUUAGAAAUAAAUCUUUGGCAAACCAUAAAUAUUGUUUUAUUCUUCUUGGACAGUGUCACAUAUGAUUUUGCUAUUUAGGUUGUAGACAAAAAAAGUAAAGUAUGCUGGUACUACUGGUGUCAUUAUGGCAACCAUGUGUAGCUGUAAACUGUGAACUAAUAAUUAACAUACUAAUAAUAGUAUAUACUGUAUAGUAUGUAAUGAUGCUCCAUGCCUUCAUUUGGUUUGUAACAUCAACUUAUACUGAUGUAGUGCACAUUUUAUGCAUUAACUGUACAUCUCUGUCAUUGGUAGUCCACCUACAAAUCAUUGUUACUUUUUCUCAAAAUUCCCACAAAAUGAUCAUUAUAUUUAGUGUUUAUUUUAGAGCUGCAAUGUUAACCACAUAAAUGUUAAGAAAAAUAGCUCUAAAUUCUCUAAUUCCAGCUUCUUAAAAGUGAAUGUUUUCUGAUAUCUUUACUCCUCUGUGACAGAAAAUUUAAAAUCUUUGGGUUGUGGACAAAGCCUGACAUUUGUGGCUGUCAUCUUUGGCUUUGGAAAACAUUGGUCAACAUUAUUAAAAAAAAGAGAAAACAUUUUACAGACCAAAAUAAUUAGUCGAUCAUUUGAGAAAAUGAAUCAACAGUGACAGUGAUUGUCAAUUGCAGCUGUGGUUUAUUUUAUCAGGACAGAUAAAACACACACACACAAGCUGAAAUAGUCGUCCCAAAGAAUUAUCACAGUGUUUAUAGCACAUGCUAAUUUGCAGCAGUCAUCCAGGGAGGGGCUUUUAUGAAAAUAAGAGAUGAAAACAAUCUGAUAAAAUGACAUUAAAUGGAGCACAGGAAGAUACAAUGAAGUAUACACUGAAAAACAUUUAAUUUACAAAGAUUGACAGUGAACUUUGCAUAAAUUAGACAAGGAUAGAUGGACCGUUCAUAAUUUUGUAAUGAUGGCAGUUGGCUUCACUGUUAUAAUUUUUGUUGAUUCUUGUCUGCCAAUCUCAAGUCAGUGAUCAGUAUUCAUGGCAAUUUUGUUUAAUUCUUUGUUCUGGAUGCUGUUUUUGAAUUUUCUGUAAGACAUUAACAGUGCUGCACUGCGUCAAACAUCUCUUAUUAGCAUAUGGUCUUCAUUAAAGUAAAACAACCCUUA